GAAGAGGAAAGGUCAACGGUUGUCAGGAAGCUGCUUACAAGCGGGGAUGCAGACAAAGCAGCGUUCCAAUUCAGAUGGUAUUAUUGAGGAAAAUAAUAUAUCAACAAGAUAUCUUCCGAGAAGUAAUACAGUUUCAUUGCCGAUUUCAGGAUCACCGGUUUGUCAGAAUUGUGCAACGUCUAUUACUCCUCUUUGGCGUCGAGACGAAUCAGGUGCUACCUUAUGUAAUGCAUGUGGGUUGUUUUUAAAACUCCAUGGUUGUUCGAGGCCGACCUCUCUUAAAACUGAUAUUAUAAAAAAUCGAAAUCGGAUUAAAAAUACGAGGACUAGAUCGAUAGAAUCGUCAGAAAUUGUAGGGAGGACGACUCGAUCAGGUAUUAAUAGUCCUUCUGAGGAAGAAAAUAGAUAUCCCGUAGCGAAUCCCAGUGCGGGACAUCAAACAUCUACAGUCGUUGGACAAAAUGAUGUGUUUUAUGAAGGGACGAUUGCUAGAAAUACAGGAGAAACGGUUCCAACGAUUGAUAGUUUAUUACAAGCAAAUGCAGCAUUACGAACACGUGUAUCAGAAUUAGAAUUAGUUAAUGAUUUAUUUCGAUCAAGAGUAUCGGAAUUAGAAAUGAAUGAAGCACAAAUGAGACGUCAAGAUGCAAAUCUUAAUGAUUUAGAUCGACAAUUGAGACAACGAGAAGCUGAAUUGCAAAGACGAGAAGCUUAUUUACAUAUUUUGAUGCGAGAUAUGCAUCAUGAUUUAGAACAAGAAGAACAGCACAAACGUAAGAAAAUUCGUGUAUCAGAAUUAUUAGAAGAAACGGAAUCUUUUUUAAUCAACGCUUUGCCUCUUGAAAGUGGAACUAAAAAAAUAAAGAUCGAGCAUCCUAUUUUAAGCGCUAUCUAAUUAAUAAUAUAAACGAGAUAUCUCGUUUAUAUUAUAUUUAAUUC